GGAAUGGAAGCAUUUAUGUUGAUCACAAAGUGGUUAUAGAAGCUAAAUUCCAGCCAAAUAUUUCAGCACUGCAUGAUGAUAUUUGUGAUCAAAUAAAUAACCGACUCUUGGACUCUGAACCAGCAAAAGAUACUUGUAGUAGAAUUGGUAAGGACUGUUUUAAUAUUUACAAUCCACCUUGAAGUGUCUGUGCCAUGUGUGCCAUACGUAGAGCUCUAUGCCAAAGACCUGACUGACAGAGAGAGCAGGAGAGUCUUCCCAAAGGCGGUUCUCCUGCUUUCCAUGAACAGCAGCCACAGCUCAUAUGUAGUGGUUGCUAUAGUUACUCUCUAGUCCAAACUCCAGUAUAGAAACAGGGUAGCAAUAUCCCUCCGCUCAGAUUCUGGCAUGCUGGCAAGAAAACCAGCUUGUCGGGCUAUGGAGAAGGUUUGUCCUUCUCAGGGAAAAGGACCUCAGACAAAGCAAUGAAGUCUAAGCGUGGGAGAGACUGGCGGUCAGUUUUACAAUACUGUAACACUCACUGAGCUGAGGACCAAAGGAAAGUAAUGUCAUUAUUUGCCAUUGACAAUAUAAUUUACCUCUAUUAUAAAUAAUAUGUUCAAAGCCUAAAUUCUUUCCAAAACUCUGUCUCUCUCUAAUAUUGAACCAGCUGGUCGAUGCAGUCUGGAAGAUAACCUUUUCCAAACCCUCCUCCAUAAAGCCACACACUCACUCACUCACACACUCACACACUCACUCACACACUCACUCACUCACACUCUCCCCUGUGCUCAUCAGUGUGAGGGGAAAAAGCAAAGCCAUGUCAAUGAGUAUGUUAUCAUACAUGCAUCUAUUAACUGCGUUGUAAUUUCAGUUAUUUUUCAGUGCUAUCAAUAAGCAUUUGUUCUUAAAGGGACACUCCAACAUUUAAACAAGUUACUUACCUUUAAUCAAGUUGGGGCGCUGGCUUCGAGCCGAAGUUAGAUCAUUAUGCAUACUCUCCUGUCCAAUCCAAUGCAUUUUAUAGAGAAGUCCUCACUCCGAGCUGUCUAUCAAUCAGAUGGGAAUGUGCAACUUGGGAUAUUUAUAUUCCUUUUGAAAUCAGACACUUUCUGAAAAUAAGACACAGGGGACAUAACCGCUUAGCAAGCUUCAGUGCCUUAGUGGUACAGAGGGUUCUGUUAAAUAUUUUAUCUUUAUGAACAAUUCAGCACUAACAGGUCCAUAUCGAAGGACUAGUCUUAAAACCCAACACCCUUUAAAUGUGUUAUUCACAGCCUGUCCUGAGCUGUUCAAUUUGCAAUGGAAAUGGAAGCACAUGAGUGUUGAGGAUUGUGUAUUAAAUGCAUUUUCAGUCAAUUAAAGCACUGUAAUCACCCAGACCUCUUCAAUGACAUGAAGUAGUUGGUGUGCAGAGACGGCUGUUUUUCUCUAGCAAUGUAAAACAUUUCCGUUUAGGAGAUACAGCAAUGUUCUGAAGGGUUAAACACACCUCGUGUCUAAUUGGUAGUUAAUUGUCACUCACUAUAACCAGAAAGGGCAUCAGUAAAUCAGACAUGGUUCCCAACACCUUGUGAAAAUGGUAUGACAAAACAGGCACAUGUAAAGGGAUUUACUGCGCCUAAAAAGAACAGUACAAACCUCCUACAACUUUAGUGGUGUUAUCCCCACCACGGAUAUAAUGGAAGCAAGAUGCCAAGAUAAAAAAAGUGAAAGCUUAUAGAAGUAACAUACUAUAAAAUCAUUAAAAACAAUCAAAAUAGAGCACAUUGUGUUCAUGGCGGGGAUCAAACCACCAACGGUCUCCACACCCAGAGCAGGUCCAUGCUCUGGAAUUUGUAAGUAGGAUAACUUUGUUUUAUUACAGAUACCAUCCUAUAUAAUGGACCUCUGAUCCAUGUCUUUGAAUAAAUCACUGCACCUUGUUCUGGAAGACAUCUGGUGUCCCUGAUUGUAUACUAUGAUGGGAAUUGUACCACCCAAGCUGAUAACUAUUGAGCUUUCAAUAGCUCCACAAAUUGUGAGUGUGUUUUGGCUUAUCUACUAAAUAUCUGCACUGUAUUUUUAUAUUGCACUGCUAUCUGUUUUUAUACUUUUGUCUUUUUAAGCUUUAUAAUGUGCUGUAUAUGACGAUUCCCACAGAACAUGUGUAUGUAUAUUUAUUUAUAUUAUUAUGUGUAGGUGGUUUGCACUGUUCGUUUUUGGUGCAGUAAAUCAUUUUAUAUUUGCCUGUUUUGUUACACUGACAGCCACUUGAUGUCCAGAACCAAGUCUGUAUCCUGAACCGAGCCUGACUCUGUUUCUUGAUAUUUGACAUCAAUGCAUCUCGUAGAGGAGCAUUGGAUUCAAUGCAUCUCUAUGAGAAUAAUUUGAUUGGUAAAACACGGCGCUUUCUGUGCAUAGGCUCCACAACAGAAUAAUUAAGUUUUGUGUAACUUUACCUUUACCUAAUUUAUUUUCCAGAUGUUAUGUGCUUGAAUAGGAUGAACAUUAAUAUCACUAAAAACAACGUUUCUGCAGAUAUAGGUAUGCAUUUUUUCUGUUAAACUAUUUCUUUUUAAUUACCGACUCCCUUCACUGCUGUUCCCCAUAUCUCUUUAUUCUUAAUAUCUGCAAUUUAGAACUUAUCCAGUCAAUAUCAUUCACAACCGGUUCUUCUUUAGAGCUGCUCCUCACUUUUUUUUCAGAUUUUUUUUAUAAUUUGAAAUAAAAGCACAAAGAACUGCUGCAGCAGUCAAAGUGGAACUUUCUUGAUAAAUCCUAUUAAAAAGGAAACUAUUAUCCAACUAAACAUUGAUGUUCACUGUAUAACCUUAUUUUAGUGGUGUAUUACCGGAAGUCUCAUUGGGAUUGGACAUCCGACAAGAUCUAACUUGUUCAACAUUGAAGAGGAAUAGUGCGCGCAGUUUGGGCAGAUUCUAAACACAGGCUGUAUGGAUAUUAUUCUGGGGAUAGAAAGUUUAUGAGAGAUUACACCACAAAGAUUACAACGAAGGAGGAUGCAAUACAGUGUAAAGAAUAAAGAGAAAAGAUAGCAAUUUCAGUUAAAGAAAAUAUAGAUGGUAGACAUGUCGGUUAGCAGGAGGAUGAGGAGGCAAAGUCCAACUUUGGGAAUCAAGGAGCACGUCAGGCCUCCCACCAGCAUUUUCUGAAAAGCAGAUAUUAAAAUACAUUAGUAUUUGUAUUUGUAAGUAAAAUGUCAACCAGAUUUGCAAUCCUCAUAUUAACUACAUGGAAAUUUUCUCUCGCUGCUCACUAUUUAGCAGAUAUGUCCCAAACCAUGGUCAGUGUCAGAGGCAGAAUAAGGGAGCAUAACAUUUUCCUGACAGAUUUACGUGGGUCGUAUUUACUCCCAUAGGCUAUUAUUAUAUUUUUCACUUUUUCUAGACAACAACCACAUUACCGUAUAUACUCGAGUAUAAGACGAGUUUUUCGGCACAAUUUUUGUGCUGAAAAACCCCCACUCAUCUUAUAAUCAAGUGAGUGUCUGUAUUAUGGCAACUUACAUUGCCAUAAUACAGACCAGGACCGCCGGACUCAUUACAAGCCUGGCGGUCCUGUUGGGGACUGGCAGAGAGUUGUAACUUACCUUUCCUGCAGCUCCUGUCAGCUCCCUUCUCUCUCCUCUGGUCCGGUCAGCUCCCUUCUCCUCCAGUAUAAGUCUCGCAAGAGCCACGGGGCAGUCUCUGCCAGCCCCCCUCCUACACAGCCCAUCCACUGGACCACCAGGGAAUGAGAGCCCCCUCCCUGGCCAUGUAUCAAGCAGGGAGGGGGGACAAAAAAUAUAAAUAAAAAUGUAAAUAAUACUAUAAUAAAAAUAUUAAUAAUAUUAAAAUAAAAUAAAAAAAUUAAUAUUAAAAAGAAAACAAAAUUUAAUAUUAAAAUAAUAAUAAUUAAAACAUUUUUAUAAAAAUGCCCACCCCCCACCAAGGUUACACACUCUGCAUCACAUACACACACACACACACUGCAUUAUAUACACACACACACUGCAUUCAUAUACACACACACUGCAUUAUAUACACACACACUGCAUUUAUACACACACACUGAAUUCAUACACACACUGCAUUCAUACACACACACACUGCAUUAUAUACACACACACACUGCAUUCAUUACUUCGAUUAAUGUAAUUUUUGGGGGAUCUAAUUUUAUUUAGAAAUUUACUAGUAGCUGCUGCAUUUCCCAUCCUAGUGUUAUACUCGAGUCAAUAUGUUUUCCCAGUUUUUGGGGGUAAAAUUAGGGGUCUCGACUUACACUCGAGUAUAUACGGUACUUAAUCCUAGCACUGCUGAGAGAUUUGUUUUAACUAUUUGUAAGCUGGCUGCCAGUCCUUCAGAUAAUAGGUUUGGAAGUUUAUAUAGAAAUAUAGAACUGGAUUUUAACAAUCUAGGCGCAUGUUUUGAGUGCUUAGAUCUGGAUUUCAGCUGUUUACGUUCAUCCGCACAGGCUGAAAUACAUCUAAAAAGUUCUGGUUUAUUCGUAGUCAGUAUUGCGAUAUCCAGACAUGGGUAACUAGUGUGGACAAUGUCAGAAUUUUGCAGUCCGGUGGCUGCGAGAUGGAUCAACUAGGAGAAUCCGAGCUUUAGCGAAUCGUCUUGUCAUUUUGCAAUGCCUGAUGUUAACCUAUGUUAUUACUCUUUCCUUAGUCCUCCAAAUAAUUGCCAUGAAGCCUUGUUCAUGGAAUGUCAUGGCAGAAUCUAUCAUGACCCCAUUCUUUAUGUGCAUAAUCCUGAGUACAUGAUUCCACAGACAAAAAAACUAAACAAAAACAAACAAAAAAAAUCAAAUUAAAUUGGAAAUCCCUAUUUUAAAAUAAUACAAAAUACUUAUAAUAAUAUUUGGAAUACAUAAAUAACACAAAUGUACAAAUUCCUUAUAAUGUUAUAAUAAUAAUAAUACCAAACAUAUAUAAAAAGUGCAAAAAACAAUAUAUAAUAAUUAAAACCUAUAAUGAGAAUCAAAAUCCAUUGUUUGGCAAGUGAAUAUAAAGGAAGAAUCUAGCAAUAUUGCCAGUGGGCGGUAAUGUUUAGCGUGCCCCUUUCCUUAUUAUUAUAAUACAGCAGCAAGCCGACCGACAUGCACAGACAUCACAAAACACCAACGAUUUGUUUGUUUUUAAUAAACUAAUAAGAAGAUUUGGAAGAUUGGAAGUACUCCAGUAAUCCAGGAUGGGGCUCUGUAAACCAGAGACAGUUAUUACAGCAGUGAUUUGAAAUAGUGCAAGUCAGGCAAAUGUGAUGUUGUGGUAAUUUGACAUUUAGAAAGUUAUAACAGCUUCAAAAUGGCUGCCAAACCUAAUGACUGACUGUAUAGACGCCCAUGCAUUCUCAAUGCAGAGAAGUAAAUUGCAAAUUUUAUUAAAAUAUUUGUGACUCUGCAACAUUGGCCCUAUAUAAAUCAGAACAGCUGCCUGAGGCGAAGACAUAUGUAAAUCACAUCACAGCUAUUUAUCAGUACAUUGAUUUUAAAAUAAUAUAACUAAAUGGAAGGCAAAUCACAUUAUUAUUGAUUUUUCCUGAACAAAUGUGAAUAUAGUCCAUAACAUAUAAAAAACAGAGAAAAUAGGAAGCGAAAAAAGAGGGAAAUGCACUCUUAUAGGGGUUAACCCUUACUGGACUACAGCAGUAGUAAGACAAAAGGAGAGAAAAGGUGAGUGCCCUCAAAUUAAAAUGUAACUUUUAAUACUAAAUUCGUUAAAACAGUUAGUACGAUGUAACCAAAAUAAUUAACAAAAAUACAAUAUUCAUAAGCUCGUAAUAAUAGAUGGAAAAUACAAUACUGAAGGAACAAUUGAUUUCCUAAAAAUGAAUACCAGUAAAUUGAUAGAGGAGGUCCUGUUCAAAAGUUUUCAGGAUAAAUCUCCAAAUUAUAUGCAGGAAAACCAAGCAGGUUUUCUUAAGCAUUGAAAUAUGUACAUCAAUAUGGUAACAUAAAAGGAAAGAAAAAGUCCAUAAAGUAGAACUUGCUACAUAGAGUGGUGUAACAAGAUGAGGUUCUGGAGGUCUUGAGUGAUAAAAAAGCCUAGAUAUAUUAGUAGCUUUUAUGUAAAGAUCAUAAUGUUAACCCCAUGGAACCCCAUUCAUAGUGCUUGUUAGAUCCAAACAAAAGGCACUAAAGAGAAUAUAGUGAUAUGAGACAAAUUGUUCUUCACUAUAUGAAUAACUCCUGCAGUGGGAAUAGAGAUCACUGCCAAAUUUGAUAAAGAAUAUGUGCUCAGUGGACCCCCCACUAUAUAGCUGGAGUAGGGCUGAAUAUCGAUAUAUAAACUCUGGAGUCUAAUAACCAUCAAAACAGACGCCAAUACUAUAGUUUGUGAGGGUAUACCGAUAGAGCCCUUUCCCCUGACGCGCGCGUUUCGCCCACAGCUCAUCAGAAGGGAACCGAUGUGUGGGAAAGAAACCGAUAUAAAAGGGUAGAUGUAAGCAUUUGAUUGGUCUAAUUCAAAAUUUGUCAUACCUAGUUAACCAAUAGAACCAGAGUCAGUGAGUGACGUCACUGAAAUUCCCAAGUGAGUCCCAACUGCUGAAGUGUAUUGGUUUUAACCCCUUCCGGACCAUCUCACAAAGAGAAUGAGGUCCAGGGGAGUGAUAUAUAAAUGCCGUUGCCAUUGUCAGUAUGUUUGAUCUUGAAUUAAUGUAACUGGAAUCCCAAGAUAUAUGAGAAAUUUUCUCGUUAUGAAAAAAGGGGGGAGGGAGGGGCUUAGCGAUGGUACCGGAUUCAUGCCGAUACCACAUGCAAAACUAAAGCUCCUGAAUUAGCAAAUCUGUCAAUUUUAGUUAAAGUCAAUGAGUUAAAAAAUAAUACGAAAGGCACAUUCCGAUAUUUAUAAUAGUGAUUGACAGACACCAACAACCUUAACGGGAACAUAAUCUUUCUUGGUUAGAGCAGGAUAUUGCCAAUAAUCAUCGAGAUAAUAAUAAAACAGGGAUAAUACAUAGCCCAAUUCUCAAAAAGAUGCUAAUGAAUGUAAAAAUAUAUAUUUGAACCGAUAUGUUCACUCCAAUAGGGAUUAAUAAUAUUCAUACAGCAAGGAAAACCUUGCUGUUCCCAAUAAUAAUGAUAUUACAGGACACACAUGGUAAAAAAAGGGGGGGGGAAGAAAAAGGGGGGGAGUGAAUAUACAAGAUGUGUAUAAUACUAAAGGUAAGGCAGAGGAUGAGACUGAACUACAAUGUUUUUCGCCAACCAGUUCAAACAAUUGUAUGAUAAUUAACUUUAAAGAGACAGUGCCUAAUCAUAGGUACUGUCCGAUCUGAUUGAAGUAAAGAUUGUUGCAGUAUAAAAGAGUGUGGUCAAAAAUAGUCUCAUUUAAAAAAGUUAGGGUGAGAAAUGUCCUGAGAUUAUUGAUCAUAGAUGUUUAAGACAAAUAAAAGAAAAUCAGUAAUCAUUCAAAGAAGCAAAUAUCCACCAGACUUAACAUUGAACUGAAGCUGCUUAAUUAGGCAACGAAGAAGAACUUAUUAUAAUGUGUUAUUAUUAUAAUUUUAAUGAAUAAAGGGGGUAAAGUUAAAUUCCUCAUUGAGGCCCCCUGGUGUUAAGGUUUGAAAUUCAUAUAUCCAUCUUGAUUCCUUUUGCAGUAAAAUUAAAUUGAAGUUGCCUUUUCUAGAAUUUAAAGUGACCCUUUCUAGGGCUUGGAAUGAUAGACUAGUUGGAUUGCCAUCAUGAAAGUUCCGAACGUGAUUUGCAACAGGGGUACUUAAAUUGAGAUUUUUUACCGAGUUGAUAUGUUGAAGAAUACGUCUCCUAAAUUCCUGAUAAGUUUUGCCAAUGUAUUGCAUACCACAUUGACAAGUAAUGACAUAGAUAAUUCGUGUCGUACUGCAGUUAAUGAAAUGUUUGACUCGGUACUCUUUUUGAGUUUUCUGACAUUUGACCAUUUUGGAAGUUUUGACAAAGGGACAUGCUUUGCAAUGUCCACAUUUGUGGAUGCCAGUUGGGGCACUUAACCAGCAACUUGGUGAUGGUUUAUUUUCCAAGUGGCUAUGGACUAGCAUGUCCUGAAGAUUUUUUGACCUUCGUGCAGUGAUGUUGGGGUACGCAAUAUGUUUAGGAUCCAAGUCCUUAUCAUACUCUAAAAUCGGCCAAUGUUGUGUAAAGAUUUGUUUAAUGGGUUGCCAUUUUUGAUCGAAAGUGCCUAUACAUCUUGUUAACUGGCUGCUAGGCGUAGGUCUAGUAGAUCGAAGACUUAGACUUCUAUCUUGGGCUAUGGUUUUUUGGUAUGCUUUUUUAAGGAUCCGGUUUGGAUAGCCUUUAUUUUUGAAUCGAAUUUUUAGUCUUUUAGCUUCGGCUUGGAAGGCCUCUUCAUUUGAGCAAUUCCUUCGAGCUCUCAGAUACUGGCCGUACGGUAUGCUUGCUUUCAGGCGGUAGGGAUGGAAACUUUGCCAGUGCAGAAGGCUAUUGGAAGCCGUACUUUUCCUAAAUAGUUCCGUAUCUACAGUUCCGUCGGUAUUUAAUAGAAUUCUUAAAUCUAAGAAUUCCAAUUGGGUUUCGUGAAUCACAUAUGUGAGUUUAAGACCAAUAUUAUUCACAUUUAGUUCAUUAACCAUAUCUAUGAACUUUGGGCAAGAACUGGUCCAAAAUAUUAGGAUGUCAUCAAUGUACCUUAGCCACUUGUGAAUAUAUAUAGUCCAUAACAUAGCUCCAUACACAGUUUCAACCUGGAACAUUUUAGAGAAAUAUGUUGAUACAUUUUGCAAAAAAAUGUGUCACAUGGCACCCACAUUUCAUCAAAAACUUGCACUUUAUGCUUGGGUAGCCAUAACUGUCUUUAAAGUGUGUGUAUAUAUAUAUAUAUACCCUUGCAAGAAAAGGUAUGUGAACCCUUUGGAAUGAUAUGGAUUUCUGCACAAAUUGGUCAUAAAAUGUGAUCUGAUCAUCAUCUAAGUCACAACAAUAGACAAUCACAGUCUGCUUAAACUAAUAACACACAAAGAAUGAAAUGUUGCCAUGUUUUUAUUGAACGGGAUUUUGUAGGUCCCUAUACUAUAGAGUGUACAGCUCCAGUAGAGCUUGCGCCUACCUAGCACUCGGUAAAACACAUAAACAAAAGAGAGAAGCAACAUAUGCACCAAUAAAAGAUAUAUAUGUGAGGCAUUAAACAGUAGUAUGAACGACAUGUAAUGUAACAACUGCUACGGGUGUAAAGCAAGGCUCCACCCAUGCAAAUUCCAUCCAUAGUCACGGCACCCUAAUUUGUGAUCCGCCGGCACCUCGUAAUGAAUGUAGUGGUAGCAGCAGAAUCCCAGGAAUCCAGUGAGGAUCUUGUACUUGGAGUUGUGGCAGGGUCUGUUGAAACCAGACUUGUCAGGAAAGCGGAGAUGUCCUCCUUGGAAGAUAACACCUAUCUAGUCCCAUCAUGAGUCACCUCUAGAAAGCCAACUGCCCCCCAUCUGUAUGCCAGACCCACCGUACAUAGUUGCAUAGUGACUGCUUGUGCCACAUGAGAGUUGCUCUGGUGAGAAGCUGGGAGAAAGUGAAGAGUUCUCGAACGUUAGAGGAGUUUUGCCUUUCAGAGCAGACAUAAUGUUGAUCUUAUGUUGGACUGUAAUAUGGCGAAGAAUCACACCUCGGCCUGCGGUGACCUGGCAGUCGGUACACCCCACCAAUGGUCAAUUUCUUCACCACUGCAUGGGGUAAUGUCGUCUAAUGUGUCAGCGUCUUUGCGGGUCUUCAAGGCCAACAUUUUGUGUGACAUUAUGCUGACUGAUGCUUCUUUUGCACAGUAUAAGCCAAUGAGGCAAGGUGUCUCUGUACAGUCACAAUAUCAUCUUCAGCUGCCCCCACUCCAUAACCCCUUUUACCUCCAUUUUAAUUAAGUUGGUGUCCGCCGCUUGUGUAUGUCCACAAGAAGAACCUUCAGGUCAUGUCUAGUGGUCGGGGUCGAGUCAUUGGCAAGCUCACCCGAUAUCGUCAGAAGCGUUCAGGACUCGACCGUUAUUACUAGCCACUGUGGGACCAGAGUUGGAAUGACCUGUGAUUCCUUUGCUGGAGCGGGUUCAUGGUCCCAAUGCCAACUGCAGUGUUGUGGAUUUUUUGGGACCUGUGUCCCAUAGUGGGCAUACCUGCCAGUAGUGCAGGCGGUGGGCGGAAUGUAGUGAGUCCGUUCACAGAACCACCACUCAGAAACUCCUCAAAGCCUGGGAACCGUGUCUUGAGGUAGGCCCCGGAUUUGUGAGUCCACUUGGGCUGUUUUUGCAAAUAGGUGAAAGGGAUCUUGAUGCAGCUUGUCCUGCUGAUUCAGGAGAGAUAGUUUGUGGACCCAGAUUGACAACAGAGAUGUUGAUAUUAGUAGGAUUGUGAAAGUUUGUAGAGGAGCUGGUGGAAAUAGUGUUGUAACGGACCGUUUUGCACACAAGGGGUAAAAACCGUUUAGGCGAUCGUCCCCCUUUCCAGAGAUGCAGGCACAGCUAUUGUAGAACACCAAACACACGAACCGCCAAUAAGUGAAUGCUCCAAACUCCCGAACAGCAUCCAAUAUAGCACUCCAAACACACGAACAGGAACCAUACGAAUCGCUGCUAGCAGACGAAUAGGAAAAGCAUCCAAGCGGCUUACACUCCUAGCAAUCAGUCUCUAUCAGCAUUCAGUAAAUCCCCCCAAAGACGAGACAAGGCUCCGUGUUGAGGGUCAAGCAGUGGUCUGUUUAAUGAGGGCUACCUGCCCAGUAUUUAUGCAGGUCUCCCACCUGGUGGACACUCCCCUAGGGGACCAAAUGGGAGACUGUGACAAAAGACAGACAAGUAGACAAAUAGGACACACAGUCACAUUAUAUUCCCACAAUGCAUCCUGGCUUCCUCCCCUCUGCCUUGGAGAUAAUUGAGAAGUAAUUCAAUUAUCUCCCAAGACAAAGGCAAAUCGCCAUUAUGCACGUGGGGAUACUAACACACGAAUUACUAUUAAAAUACACUAUGUGAGACACAUAACAUUAAAAGCAUACAUUUAACAUAUCCCCAGAUAGCUCAGGUCUGAGCGCACAUUAUUAAGCGAAUGGCGCUCAGACCACACGAAUACAGUUUAAUCGCCAUGGAGCUAAAGUCUUUACACAGUCAGUUUCAUGUGAAUGGGCUCCAUGAGAUUCCUAUCUGGGGUAUAACACAUUCAAGCAAAACUACCGAACACCGGGCCGUUCGUGCACUUUCACCAAACAAGAAGGGAGGUCGGCGGCUUCAGCAGUGUUUGCGCAAAACUGUGUCCGAUUUCAGUUCCAUGAAUUAAGUGUCGAACACCGCUGUGCGUUCGCAUGUUUAAAAUGGCCGCGACCUCGUGUUCGUGAUACAAAUGGCGGCCACCCAGCAUAUGUCAAUUAAGCUGCGGUUAACCGCAACUUCAGGGAGGCUAAUUGCCAGCACACUCCAGCUCCCAGGUGGUCCAGUCAUUCGUGCGGUUGUUCGGUAGACUGAAUCUACCGAACACCAGGCAGAAAAGCAUGAAUAAGUCUUUUCUGCAGGGAAAAACAAUGUCUUUUAACAUGGGGCCAUAGUCCAAAGGCAGCAGGCGAGCAACCGGGCUUCUCAAAUGCAAUGUGGCGAGAUUGGUCUUGUGACGGACCGCUGGCACUCCGACUGAGUACCUCCGCCAAUCGAUGCUCCUAGUGCUCGCUGAGGACUCCAAGCACUCCAACCGACACCAUCAGCACUGCAGACCCCACUUCCAGCGAUGCAACUGCGCCGGGGUCUCUGCUGUCUCCACCCACCCUGGACCCAAGGCCAGGAUCCAGCUUCCAGUGAGUGAACCUCUCUUUCCCCAGAGAGCAGGAACAGGAACAGCUCUUAACAGAACUUAGUGAUCAUACCCUGGGGAGUAUAGUGAUUAUAGCAAUCCCCAGAGUGUAUUUCUCCAAUCCCCCAAACAUGAGCCAAGGCUUAAUGCUGGAACAAGACUGAUUUACUGGCACACAGAACUCACAAUUUAUGCAACACAAAACUCCUCCUCUGGGCCAGGCUAGAUAAUUGAGUUUCUACAAUACACAAAGGUCAAUUAUCUGCUGGCCAUAAAUAAUAAUAAUACAGUUUUUACAGCAUUCAUAACUUCUAAAAUAUACAUCACAUUCACUCCUAUCAUACUGAAUUAAACGGGCCAAAUCUCCCAGGGUCCAUAGUCACAGGGCAAGAGGCAGGCAAGCAGUCCUCUCCAGGCACAAGUGGUGAAGGGCACUUCGUCACAGGUCUCGUCACAAGUGUUUAGUAAGGAUGGUGGACAAGCUUCACCAACCUUUAAGGUAUAUGUUUACCCUCUCAAAGCUGCACAUGGGGUAAGGUUACAACAAUUGAAAAAAAAAAACUACUACAUUUUAAUCCUUCUCACCAAAGUCUCGUGGCCAUAUUAUUAACAAACACACCACAACCCAAGGUGGAGGGCUACAGUAGUGGAAAAAUCUUCACGUUCUUCCUAAUUAAUAAAGUGUCAUGUAGACAUGGAUUUUAUUUUUUAUUUUCCUUUUAUUUAUUUAUAAAACAAAUGUACCACUUGCCCGCUGAAAAGAUUAACCAAUGUAUAUCCAUGUCCACAUAUGAUCUAGGAACUUCUUGUACUAGAAUUUGACAUGAGGCUGGAGCUUUAAAUUAUACAUUCAAUAUAGGGACAGAAUGUGUGAUGACAAAUUACAAUUUUAAAAGACAGAAAAUAUUUUAGAUUAGUUGUGACGGUCCGCUGGCACUCCGACCGAGUACCUCCACCAAUCGAUGCUCCUAGUGCUUACCGAGGACUCCAAGCACUCCACCAGACACCAUAAGCACUGCAGAUCCCACUUCCAGCAAUGCAGCUGCAACGGGGUCUCGCAGUCCUCCACCCACCCUGGACCCAAGACCAGGAUCCAGCUUCCAGUGGGUAGACCUCUCCUAUUUCAGAGAGCGUAGCAGGAACCAGCUCUUACAAGAGCUUAUACUCAGGGGAGUAUUGUGAUUAUAGCAAUCCCCAAGAGUGUAGUUAUCCCAUCCCCAAAACAUGAGACAAGACUUCAUGAAGGGGUAAAGCAGGUCUGUUUAAUGCAAGCAAGCAUUCACAAUUUAUACAACCCCUGGACCUGAUGGAACACAGAUACACAAGGGACAUAAACCAAUCAAAACAGUCAUUAACAAUAAGACACUCCCACAUACAGUGAACAAGCCCUCCCCUCUGCCUGGUAAAUAAUUAAAGCAGCUAAUAGAAUAACCUAAUUAUCCACAGGCAGAAAAACACACAUUUUCCCUAAAGUACAGAAAACACCCAGAAACACAACAUAUCCCCAAAAUAUUACAUUCCUGGAUAGCCCUGAUCUGGGUAAACAACAUAUCCAAAAAUCACACAGAUCAGAGCAGGUGUUCAGGAAAUUCCUGGAAGUCACAUUUGACCGACCGCAUGCACAUUUUCAUGACCAAAACAGUUUAAUAGAAAUAGGCUGUGCGACCGGUCUAUCUUCAAUGCUAAGUUCAGUUCAAAUAGACAAACAGGAACCUUUCGUGCAAACAGGCAAUGUUUAAGUGCUGUUGGAAUUGUCAAACGGCGUUCGACUCCAGUUGAAGGGUUGAAGUCCAGAGAAGGUAAAGUUUCCGAUUUGAGUUCCAUGAACUUGACGACAAAACACAGCUGAACUCGUUCGACUGAAUUAAAAUGGCCGCCGCCACGUGUUCGAAUAUCAAAGGCGUUUGUUACAUGUGAGCUUACAGAGGAAAAGGUCCUAUUUCAACUGUCAAAGGUCAGUGGGACCUGAUGGAAUACACUCAAAGUUAUUAAAAGAGCUUAGUGGUGUACUAGCAAAACCAUUAACAUAUUUAUUUAACCAAUCAUUGUUAACAGGAGUAGUCCCAGAAGAUUGGAAGUUAGCAAAUGUUGAGCCCAUUUACAAGAAAGGUAAUAGGGAGGAGUCGGGCAACUAUAGGCCGGUAAGCCUUACUUCAGUAGUGGGGAAAUUGAUGGAAACCAUGUUAAAGGAUAGGAUUGAUGAACAUCUAAAAACGCAUGGAUUUCAAGAUCAGAGACAACAUGGGUUUACUUCAGGGAGAUCAUGCCAAACUAAUCUUAUUGAUUUUUUUGAUUGGGUAACUAAAAUUAUAGAUCAGGGUGGUACAGUAGACAUUGCUUACCUAGAUUUCAGUAAGGCUUUUGACACUGUUGCACAUAGAAGGCGUAUCAACAAACUGCAAUCUUUAAAGGAACCAUAGUCACCAAAACAGUUUUAACUUAAUAAUGCAGUUUUGGUGUAUAGAUCAUUCCCCUGUAGUCAAUCCUCUGCCAUUUAGGUUACAUCGCUUUGUUUAUUCAGCCCUAGUCACACCUCCCUGCAUGUAACAUGGACUUCCAAAAUACUUCCUGUAAAGAGUCAUCUCAUGUUUACACUUCCUUUAUUGAAAAUUCUAUUUAAUUUAUACUUUCUUAUCUCCUGCUCUGUCAAUAGCUUGCUAGACCUUGUAGAAGUCUCCUGUAUGUAUCUAGAGUACAAUUUAAAGAGCAGGAGAUAAAAACUUUCAGUAAGUAAGUUACAGCUGAUUGAAAGUGCAACCAAUUUUUUUUUAAUGGAGGCUGUGUGAGUCAAAGCCAGGAAGUGUGGCUAGGACUGCAUAAACAGAAACCAAAGUGAUUUUACUCCUAAAGGCAGAGAAUUGUGCAGUGAGACUGCAGGGGCAUAAUCUAUACACUAUAAAUGUUUCAUUAAGAUAAAGGUGACUAUAGCGUCCCUUUAGGUUUGGAUUCCAAUAUUGUUGAAUGGGUAAGGCAGUUGCUGAGUGACAGGCAACAGAGGGUUGUAGUUAAUGGAAUAUAUUCGAAGCUCGGGCUUGUCACCAGUGGGGAACCUCAUCGAUCUGGACUUGGACCCAUUCUCUUUAAUAUUUUUAUUAAUGAUAUUAUAGAAGGUCUUGAUGGUAAGGCAAAUGUUUUUGCCGAUGAUACUAAGAUGAUACUAAGAUAUUUAACAGGGUUGAUGUUCCAGGAGUGAUAAGCCAAAUGGCAAAUGAUUUAGGUAAACUAGAUAAAUGGGCAGAGUUGUGGCAACUGACAUUUAAUGUGGAUAAGUGCAUCUUGGAUGUAAAAACCCAACGGCAGAACAAAGGUAUUAGCAGCAGAAAGAGGGAAGAGCUCAUGCCAUUGUACAGAACACUGAUGAGACUUACUUGGAGUAAUGUACGCAGUACUGGAGACCGCAUCUCCAGAAUCAUAUUGAUAAUUUGGAGAGAGUUCACAGAAGAGCUACUAAACUGGUUCAUGGAUUGCGGGAUAAAACUUACCAGGAAAGGUUAAAGGAUCUUAACAUGUAUAGCUUGGAGGAAAGACGAGACAGGGGGGAUAUGAUAGAAACAUUUAAAUAUAUAAAGGGAAUCAACACAGUAAAGGAGGAGACUAUAUUUAAAAGAAGAAAAACUACCACAACAAGAGGACAUAGUCUUAAAUUAGAGGGACAAAGGUUUAAAAAUAAUAUCAGGAAGUAUUACUUUACUGAGAGGGUAGUGGAUGCAUGGAAUAGCCUUCCAGCUGAAGUGGUAGAGGUUAACACAGUAAAGGAGUUUAAGCAUGCGUGGGAUAGGCAUAAGGCUAUCCUAACUAUAAGAUAAGGCCAGGGACUAAUGAAAGUAUUUAGAAAAUUGGGCAGACUAGAUGGGCCAAAUGGUUCUUAUCUGCCGUCACAUUCUAUGUUUCUAUGUUUAACUAGAUUUACAGACAAAAAAUACAUUUGGGGCUUCUAUUUUGUUUGAAAACAUACAGAGCCCAGUAAAUCAAUUGGUAAAAUUGCUAAAUUUUAAAAAAAAAACUAUAACUUUUCAAAACUCUACAUGUGAUUUAUUGCUGUAGUUGCUGCAGAGAUCUGGGUUUUUGUAGUGAAAGACUCACAAGGUCUGCGUUUAGCCCCACAAAAAAUACAUAUGUGCAAAAUACACAAAUACAAACAGCAGAUUUUAAUUAAAUACAAACAGCAGAUUUUAAUUAAAUACAAACAGCAGUUUUGGCAAAGGCUGGUGAGAAAAUGUAUGAAGAUACUCUUAGGGAGUCUACUGUCUACAAAUAUAGAGCAGUUUUAAAUGAUGUGACUGCUAUUCAAAUUAGAACAAUAAGCAUACCAAAUUUAAAGAGACACUAUAGACACACCAAACCAACUUUAGCUUAAUGAAGCAGUUAUAGUGUGUAAAUCAUGCCCCUGUAGUGUCUCUGCUCAAUUCUGUGCCAUUUAGGAGUUAAAUAAUUUUUGUUUCUGCUUACGCAGUUCAAGCCACACCUCCCCUGGCAGUGAUUCAUACAGCCUGCAUGAAAAAAAUGGUUUACUUUCAAUCAGAUGUUAACUUACUUUAACCAUUUUGAUCCCCUGCUCUGUAAAUUGAACUUUAAUCACUCACAGGAGACUCCUGCAGGGUUAGCAAGCUAUCAACAAAGCAGAACACAAGAAAUUCUAAAUUAAACAGAAUUUGUUAUAAAGGAUGGAUAAACUUUAGAUGAUUUUUAACAGGAAGUGUGUAGGAAAGGCUGUGCAAGUCACAUGCAGGGAGGUGUAACUAGGGUUCAUAAACAAAGUGAUUUAACUCCUAAAUGGCAUAGAACUGAGCAGUGAGACUGUAGGGGCAUGAUCUAUACACCAAAACUGCUUCAUUAAGCUAAAGUUGUUUUGGUGACUAUAGUGUCCCUAAUGAUUUAGCUUUAGAACUUGAUUCACUUGUUGGAAUAUUUGUCCUGUAAUUUCCAAAAUAAAUGUAAAUCCUAAACAUAAGAGGUAUUUUAACAAUCAAGACUGAUAAGUGAAUCUUUUUGAGUUUUCAAGGUUACACAUUUACAAUUAUUAUACACAAUUCUAUGAAAAAUGUGUUGUCUCCCCCACCCCCAUUUUUCAUAAGCUACAUUUUUUUUUAUUAUCACUAAAUAUUUAUUUAUUCACUUUUGUUAGCAUAUUUAUGGGGAUUAAUUAUUAUUAAUUAAUUUUCAUGAAUUAAAAAUAAUGUUUAUAAAACUCAUUAAAAUUAAAAUUCUUUAUUAAAAUAUCAGGGGUUGAUAUUUUAUUGGUGUGAAUUCCCAGCUAUUCAUUUAAAAGCGAAGAGUUCCCACUAUUUAACUCUUACAUCUAGAGCACGUUGUUUGAAUUUAAUAUUUCAUUAAUAUCACAACUUUUUAUAAAAUUAUAUUUAUUUUCGUCAAUAAGUAUAAAUAUACGUGGUAAUUAGUGAAUAGUUUUUCAAUAAUAUUGAACAAGAUACGGCAUAGUACCGUAUCACAAUCUCAGUAACAAUGUCAAUCUCAAUCAACAAAUAGUAUGUUACUAUUUGUCAAAUUAUAAGGAACCAUUUCUCAGGAUCUUAAAAUACAAUCUUAGCUUUUUACAAUUUCUUAGUACAAUUUACAAACACAUGUGGAUUGUUUGUGUGACAAAAUGCCUUUUGUCAAUGGAUUUUUAUAUGACCAACUGCCCUUUGCCCCUGGCUGUUGGAGGAGCCUGAUUGCCAGCCUCCUCUCUCAUGACUAUGGCCCUGGGGUGUAUUGCCAUUUAAAAAGAUUAUUUGGGGCUUAUUGGCUUCUAAAAGACUGUUUCUGCCCAUUUGAAUCCAUGGGAAUAUGUGUCUCUUCCCCUCCCCCGUUUCCUGUCUAUUGUUCCAGCAGGGCGUUGUCCCAGGCACAGUGACAGACCAGUUGGAACUUGCUGUUUUGCCCCUCCUCGGUCUCUCAUCAGCUCUUGCUAUGUUUUAACCCCAUGGCGAUUUGACUGUGUUUGUGGGAUCUGAGUGCUGUUCAGAUAUAGUGAGCGCUCAGAUCCAAGCUAUUUGGGGAUAGGUUGAAUGUGGGGGUUAUGUUAAGUAUAAUAGGAAUUAUGUAUUUUUAUGUGUUUUUACUGUUGUUGUGAAUAGAGCUAUUUUCUGUAUGCUGGAGGUAAUUGGCUUACCACACCCAACCCAUGCUUGCAGAUGGUCACAAAGGGACUUUCAACUAACCUUUGACCCACUGGACCAAUUUGUAUGGUUUUGACGUAUGUUUGUAUUUGGAGUAUGUUGAUUCUGAAAAUGUAAGUUUUAUGUGAAUGUGAUGUAUACUUUUAGAGUUAUGAAUAUUGUGUAAAACUGUGUAUUUUCCUGCCUGUGAUAAUUAAGUUAGACCAAAAAAUGGGUCGCAAGAGUAUUCUGAGAACGGACAGCAGCUGAAAUAGCCUGCCCUUCGGUGGGUCCCCGCUCAGAACUCAAGCUUGUUUUAGCUCAUCUUGUGCCAUUACAGAGAGAACAUAUCUGAAGCAUAUCAGACUGGUCCCACCCAUACAGGCAGUCCAGAUCCGAAAUGCCAGCAAGUUCUCUCUGCACGAGAGAUACAGCAAAGUCAGACGAUCGUUUCAGCCUUGUUAGGCAUCAUCGGUGAGGCAUAGUUGAUAUCUCUCUAGGCACCGUGAGCAAGGGGUCCACGUCUGGAUUACCCUUUAAACUUAUGGAGAGCAAAAAACGGGUCACAAGAGUAUUCUGAGAACGGACAGCAGCUGAAAUAGCCUGCCCUUCGGUCGGUCCCCACUCAGAACUCAAGCUUGUUUUAGCUCAUCUUGUGCCAUUACAGAGAGAACAUAUUUGAAGCAUAUCAGACUGGUCCCACCCAUACGGGCAGUCCAGAUCCGAAAUGCCAGCAAGUUCUCUCUGCACAAGAGAUACAGCAACCCAAGACAAUCAUUUCAGCCUUGUUAGGCAUCAUCAGUGAGGCAUAGCUGAUAUCUCUCUAGGCACCAUGAGCAAGGGGUCCACGUCUGGAUUACCAUUUAUACUUAUGGAGAGCACAAAACGGGUCGCAAGAGUAUUCUGAGACCAUUGUGUUCAGUAAUUAUAUCACAGGCAGAGGGGAGGACUUUGUGUGGGAGCGUCGGAGUGUAUUGUAUGUAUUGAUUGGUUGUUCUGCAAAACCCUGUGGGCAGUACUAUGUUUGUAGAAUGUGAAUAAAAGAGGCUGAAUGUGCCAGUACAGUCAGUUCUACUUCAUCUACUUCAAUUUGGAGUGCCGUCUCUUAUUAGGGGAAUUUGCUACGCUCUGCAUACUCUCUUGCUAUAUUCACUGCUAAGCUCUUAUAAGAGCUUGUUCCUGUCUUGCGCUCUGAAGGAGUCCACGGUGGUUAUGGUGUCGGCUGGAGUGCUUGGAGCCUUCAGGAAGCGCUAGGAGCAUCCUUCAACGGAGGUACCCAGUCGGGGUGCCAGGUGAUCCGUUACAUUAGUGGCAGCGGUGGGAUGCUUGGAGACCUCAGAAAGCACUAGGAGCAUCUGUCAGCGGAAGGUACCCGGUCGGGGGGUGCCAGCGGUUCCGUUACAGUUUUCUUAUUUUAAACACCAUUCAUUAGACUUAGCUGGACAGAGUUCGUUAUUUAAUCAGGUGAUCUAUACACAAAGUUCCAUGGCAAUGUUUUACCAGCAAGCACAGAAUUUUAACCAGCUCAGUGCUGUUUCAGAGUAAUCAUGAUCAAUUAAUUCAUCCAGUAACUAAAUUCUUGCAGGUUUAGUUUAAACAGUUCUUAUCUGAUAAAUAUUUCCUAGAUUGUUAUAGGAUUAAUAUUCCUGGGUAACUCUUGAUAUUCCAUUUUUUUUGUAUUUCAUGAUUUUGAUUAAUAUUCCAGUCGGCAGUUUGAGAUAUUAAUCUUUAUCAUGAGCUAUCAUGAAAUCCAAUCCGGUGGAUUUCGUAUCAGCUUUUAUCCAGAAAAUAUUAGCUAUUAGUUAUGCAAUUUUAUAAUUAGUAUAAUUGGCUUAUAUUUACUGAUAGAUGUUCUGGAUGUUAUUUUUAAGAUUGUUUCAAGAUGUCUUCUUGUCCGUCUCUUGUCUUGUGUCCUAUCUCCUUUCUCCUUCUGUGUAUAUCUCUGUCUCCGUUUAUGUGUGUUUUUCUGGGUGUGUAUAUAAUGGGGUUAUAUGUCAUUCCUUAUAUGUUAACCUGCUGACCUGGUCCAAUGACGUUUUGGGGCAAGUCAUUAUGUUAAUGGCUGUUGACAUUAUUUUGAUAUAUAUUUCUAUGUCUCAAACAGUAGGUGGAGCUGGUGGUUUAUGUCAGGAGUAUUACCAGCUAUUAUUAUAUAGGGUUAAACUUUGUUCAGGACAAUUUAGGAAUGUUUAAUUACAAGAUGCUUUGGUCAACGUUUCUUCUUUUCUUUCUAUGUGGACUUUAGUCUCACACCAAUAAACCAAUGUGUCCUUGCUCACCUAAGCGUUAUGACAAUUUCAGGAUAUUUACAUUUUUAUAUGUAUAUCAUUUCUAUAUAUGUAAAUUGCUAACUUGGGCUAUAUCACACUAUAUUUCUAUCUUUAUAUAUAAUUAAACAUAAUUUAUAUACAUCAUAGCGAUAUAUGUAUGUUUGCUGAACACGUACUUUUAAUUAACACUUACUUGUCACAUACUUGUCUUAUCUGUGUUCUUAUCUUUUAUUGAAACAGAUGUAUUUACUCACUAUCUGGCUCUUUUAGCUUACAGGGUCAUAUUUUAAGAAAAAAUAUCUUGUUUCUUCAUUUUAGCACCUAAUAGAAACAUAGAAACAUAGAAUGAGACGGCAGAUAAGAACCAUUCGGCCCAUCUAGUCUGCCCAAUUUUCUAAAUACUUUCAUUAGUCCCUGGCCUUAUCUUAUAGUUAGGAUAGCCUUAUGCCUAUCCCACGCAUGCUUAAACUCCUUUACUGUGUUAACCUCUACCACUUCAGCUGGAAGGCUAUUCCAUGCAUCCACUACCCUCUCAGUAAAGUAAUACUUCCUGAUAUUAUUUUUAAACCUUUGUCCCUCUAAUUUAAGACUAUGUCCUCUUGUUGUGGUAGUUUCUCUUCUUUUAAAUAUAGUCUCCUCCUUUACUGUGUUGAUUCCCUUUAUAUAUUUAAAUGUUUCUAUCAUAUCCCCCCUGUCUCGUCUUUCCUCCAAGCUAUACAUGUCAAGAUCCUUUAACCUUUCCUGGUUAGUUUUAUCCCGCAAUCCAUGAACCAGUUUAGUAACCCUUCUCCGAACCCUCUCUAAUAGCAUUUUUGCUAUUAUGCAUGUAUUAUUUCUAUCACACACGAUAUACGUAUUUCCUUCCUACAUAAUAUCUCUGACAUUUUCAAUUGCUUUAUUCUGAACCCUCUUGUCUUUGUUGCAGACUGGUGCAAUCUCUUGGCUCCCAAUAACACCCGGGAGUUCUAUUUUCGAUAUGGAAAUGGUACAAAUUAUACCUGUGUUACUUACUGCACCAUGGGCGUACCAGGCAGAUUAAACUGCAACUAUGGGGAGUGUCAUGUGUUAGCCAAAUCAGGACCACGAUGCUUGUAAGUAGCUCAUUUUUGUAACUGAUCUUCACAUAGAAACAUAAAAUGUGACGGCAGAUAAGAGCCAUUUGGCCCAUUUAGUCUGCCCAAUUUUCUAAAUACUUUCAUUAGUCCCUGGCCUUAUCUUAUAGCUAGGAUAACCUUAUGCCUAUCCCACGCAUGCCUAUUCCAUGUAAAGUAAUACUUCCUGAUAUUAUUUUUAAACCUUUGCCCCUCUAAUUUAAGACUAUGUCCUCUUGUUGUGGUAGUUUUUCUUCUUUUAAAUAUAGUCUCCUCCUUUACUGUGUUGAUUCCCUUUAUGUACUUAAAUGUUUCUAUCAUAUCCCCCUGUCUCGCCUUUCCUCCAAGCUAUUCAUGUUAAGUUCCUUUAACCUUUCCUUUUAAGUUUUAUCCCGCAAUCCAUGAACCAGUUUAGUAGCCCUUCUCUGAACUCUCUCUAAAGUAUCAAUAUCCUUCUGAAGAUACGGUCUCCAGUACUGCGUACAAUACUCCAAGUGAGGUCUCACCAGUGUUCUGCACAAUGGCUUGAGUACUUCCCUCUUUCUACUGCUAAUACCUAUAUCUAGACAACCAAGCAUUCUGCUAGCAUUUCCUGCUGCUGUAUUACAUUGCCUGCAUACCUUUAAGUCAUCCAAAAUAAUCACCCCUAAAUCCCUUUCCUCAGAUAUUGAGGUUAGGACUCUAACAUAAUGCUGCUCCCACCUAUCUAUCCUCCCUUAUACACAAGUAUGUCCCGUCUAGGCCCUUACGAUCUACUGAAGACUUAUGUCUCUCCUCUGUCCGUACUCCCACCUCUGAUGCUCGCCUUUAAGAUUUCUCAAGGGCUGCACCAUUCCUGUGGAACUCGCUUCCCUCUUCCGUUAGAUGCUCACCCAGUCUCCACUAAUUCAAAAAAUCGUUAAAAACCCACUUCUUCUUAAAAGCGUAUCAAUUAAACUGUUAAUAGCUCCUGACUGAUUGCUCUUCUGCAACUGUCAUUAGUCUAAUACUAUCCUUACCUUUUUGUUUCAUUUUACCCCACUCCCUCUAGCAUGUAAGCUCAUUGAGCAGGGCCCUUAACCCCUCUGUUCCUGUGUGUCCAACUUGUCUGGUUACAACUACAUGUCUGUUCGUCCACCCACUGUAAAGCGCUGCGGAAUUUGAUGGCGCUCUAUAAAUAUCAUAAUAAUAAUAAUAAUAAUAAUAAUAAUAAUAUCAAAUAUUUUGUACUUUGCCCUUGGGUUUUUACUUGCACUUAUCCACAUUAAAUGUCAGCUGCCACAACUCUGACCAUUUUUCUAGUUUACCUAAAUUAUUUGCCAUUUGGCUUAUCCCUCCUGGAACAUCAACCCUGUUAACCCUUCUGCAAUUUUACUAAUAAAAUAUUAAAGAGAAUGGGUCCAAGUACAGAUCCCUGAGGUACCCCACUGGUGACAAGUCCAAGCUUCGAAUAUAUUCCAUUAACUACAACCCUCUGUUGCCUGUCACUCAGCCACUGCCUUACCCAUUCAACAAUAUUGGAAUCCAAACUUAAAGAUUGCAGUUUAUUGAUAAGCCUUCCAAGUUACAACAGUGUCAAAAGCCUUACUGAAAUCUAACAAUGAUUGGUUAAAUAAAUCUGUUAAUGGUUUUGUUAGUACACCACUAAGCUCUUUUAAUAGCUUUGGGUGUAUUCCAUCAGGUCCCAUUAACUUAUUUGUGUUUAUUUUUGACAGUAGAAAUAGAACCUCUUCCGACUGUAAACUCACAUGUAACAAAUGACUAAUUUGUUCUUUUUCCUAACUGAGGUCCCUUUCCUUCAUUUUCAUCUGUAAAUACAAAAAUAUUAAUUGAGGUAGUCAGCUUGACCUUUAUCCUCUUCUACAUACCUUCCUUCUUUUGUUUUUAAUCUAACUAAUCCUUGUUUUACUUUUCUUGUCUCAUUUAUGUAUCUAAAAAAUGUUUUGUCCCCCUUUUUUACUGACUGUGCUAUUUUCUUUUCUGUGUGUGAUUUGGAAGCUCUUAUAACUUGCUUAGCCUCUUUCUGCCUAAUCUUAUAGAUCUGUCUAUCUUCCUCACUCUGCGGUUUUUUAUAAUUACUAAUUGCUAACUUUUUGUUUUUUUCUAUUUUGGUCACAUCUGCGGAGUACCACUGUGGUUUCUUGAAUUUUUUGCUUUUACUGAUAAGCCUAAUGCAUUUUUCUGUUGCUUUCAGCAGUGCAACUUUUAAAUAAUCCCAUUUCUCUUUGACUCCAUUUAAAUUGCUCCAGUCUGAUAAUGACUCCUUUACACAUAUUCUAAUUUUAGAAAAGUCUGUUUUUCUUAAGUCUAAAACUUUUUGUGUUUUUGUGUGGUGUGACUCAGUCACUGUUCUUAUAUUAAACCACACUGACUGAUAAUCACUGGAUCCUAAACUUUCACCUACAGUAAUAUCUGAUACCAAAUCUCCAUUUGUUAACACUAAAUCUAGUAUGGCCUCCUUAUGAGUUGGCUCCUCAACAACUUGUUUUAGAGACAAUCCCAUUAGGUAGUUUAGAAUAUGUGUGCUCCAGGCAGAAGCAGCUAUUUUGGUCUUCCAAUUCACAUCAGGAAAAUUAAAGUCACCCAUGAUGAUAACUUCCCCCUUCAUUGUCUUUUUAGCUAUUUCCUCAACUAGUAGAUUAUCUAACUCUUCUAUUUGUCCUGGGGGCCUAUAAAUCACACCUACACAAGUUACUGUGCGAUUACCAAAUUCUAACAUAGCCCAAACGGACUCUAUGUUCGCCUCACUAACUUUUAUUAGGCUAUCCAUUCACACGUGUUGGUACAAUCUGCGCUCCCAGCAGCCAAUCAAAGUUGGUAUUUCCUCGGUUGUGCUGUUUUGUGUCAGUAUUUAACUGUGCUGAAAAGGGUAAGAAGGUAUGAAAACUGCCUUAGAAUCAGAAAUACUAUUGGUAGUGUAUUACGCUACGAUGAUGGUAUAGAAUAUUAUUGUUGGUUUAAGUUGUAAUUAUAUAGACACUUAUAAUUAACCCUUUCUGGCUGGAUCUGUUUUUGUUUUUGGAAAAAUAAAAUUCUUCACAGUUACAGGUUAGAGAGCAAGACUGUAUAUGCACAGAAGUAUUUAUUUUAGAAAUAUAAAUAUUAUAUUGUAUCAGUGUGAUGGGUACAGAUUAUACCCUGGCACCAUAGUAUGUCCUAGGCAGAAGGUCUGGACAUUUAUCAGUAUAGUAUUUAAAGGUUGGCGAGUUUGUUGCAGUACAUUUUCUAUGGAGGACUGUGUAUUCUGGAUUAGACAAAAUAAAUCACAGAGCUGUUCAUUUCCUGAACAUAUGGAAAAUGUUUUUAGUGAUCACCCAAUUUAAGGGGGACAAAGUAAUGGAGAAGCCAUGAUGUCCAUGAGGUGUAUUAUGAGGUGUAUUUUCAACCCCUCACGUGUCACACAUGGGGGGAAGUUCGUACCAUUGAGUAAAUAAAUGUCUAAACAUGCCACAUUCCAAGUACCAUGUUCUUAACCCUUACUACACUGCCAUAGGAGUAGAGAGAUAGGUGGGAACAUGUCCUUUCUUAUUAACAAGGUGUCAUGUACACCCUAGUUUUCGUUCUCUUUUUGACCACCUACAAAAUGGAUUUAAAUGAAAGAUUUCUACUAUUUUCCAAACAAGAAAUAGACACACACAUCUCUUAGUGCGAGUCCAAUGGCAAUUGUUUACAGUCAGUUUGGAAAACUAGAGGAAGAAGUGUCAGCAGAGGGGUGUGUUUUAGGGGAUCUAAGUGCGAAUGUCCUUCAUGAUGACAGACUGCCCACCACAGAAGCCAAAGAGGACUGCCCAUCUGAAGAAUGCAGGCUGAAAUGACAUGGAAUUUCUGCCCAAUUAAACAUAGGAGCAGUUAUAUUUGCAGCUAUAUAUGCUCUAGUGUCCCCAGAAGAGGGAUGGUGAGGGAUGGUGAGGACAGUAAGACAGGGGUCACAAAAUCAAUACUGCCCAACUAAAUCACAGUGGGAUGUACAUUUAUGUUGAAUAACCACUUAGUUAGAGAAUAUCAUUUUUACAUCUUCAUGACUUGUCUCUCUAGGAUCUAGGGUCAGCCAUGUUGUGGUAAAAAUGGUGAGAUAGUACGUUGGUGGAGGACACUCCAUUUUCAGGUAUCAACGUUCACAGGCAAAAAAAAUUACAGGUAUCAAGAACCAAGCAAAGUAACAUUUUGUUUCCACCUACAGAUGUCCGGACACCAAUGAGUUCUGGUACUCGGGGGAGAGCUGUGACUCCAGGAUUAGCAGACCUGGAGUGAUUGGGGGAGUCACAGCCGCUAUCGUUAUCUUAAUCCUUAUAGCAAUCAUAACAAUCAUUCUGUGUCGCAGACGGAAAAGUAAAGGAAACCAGGAAUUAUUAACAAAGUACGUUUUUAUUACAAAACUUUUCUCUCUCCAACAUGUCAAAUCCUACAUUACCUGUAUGUGUCAUUCAUCAUUUUUAUACAUUUUAUUCCCUUUUUUUCUAUCUUGUUAGUGCAAAUUUGGAUAUAAACAUUUUCUUUUACCUACAUUUGCUUUAAAUAUAAUAUCUAAAUAAAAUUAUUGCAUACUGUUUCUCUUUAACUAUGUUUUGUUAUUAAAGUAAAAAUAUAGACUUUACGAAUCCAGACGAAAUGGAAUCAGAAUGGACUAGCGGGCAAAACAUCACGGGACAUCCACCUGCAGAAGGUGAGAUCUGAUAAAUAUAUAUUGAUAUCAGAUUAUGGGACGUUCUGUACAUGAUUUAUGUGAAGUCUCAGGAGUUCAUUAAUGACGAUUCUUCUCUCGAUUCCCAGGGAACAAAUUCACUCCAAACUUACAAAGUGUGGAUAUCUUUAAAAAGGUAAUAAAGUGCUCUUAUAUACGUAGAUCCCAUUUGAAUAAAAUAUAGCUCAUAAAAAGGACAAUUCAGAACAUUUAUAUUAUGGGAAAAAAAUAGCUUAUUGAAAUGGGAAUUUGUUAUGAAUGUUGGAUGGACAUGAAACUACAUAUUUUAUAGCAAAAUGUUUGACAACAAAAACAGGGUUAUGUACAAAAGUAAGAAUUCCAAUUGAAUUUCAAAUGUAAGGUGAAAAUAGCUGAAAUGGAAGCGUUCGCUAGGUCAGAUAUUCUUUCAGUUAAAGGACCACGAUAGGCACCCAGACCACUUCAGCUUAAUGCUAGGAUUAACCCUUUCUUCUAUAAAGAGAAACUGCUAUGUUUACCUAUGGGUUAAUCCAGCCUCUAGUGGCUGUCUCACUGACAGCCGCUAGAGGCCCUUCUGUGCUUCUCACUGUGAUUUUCACAGUGAGAAGACGCAAGCGUCCAUAGGAAAGCAUUGAGAAUGCUUUCCUAUGGACAGGCUGAAUGCACGCGUGGCUCGUGCCGUGCAUGCGCAUUGAGCCGAUGACGAGAAGGAGGAGGAGAGGAGGAAGAGAGUCCCCCACCCGGCGCUGGAAAAAGAGGUAAAUUUAACCCCUUCCAUCCCCUAGAGCCCGGCGGGGGUGGGGGGCGACCCUGAGGGUGGGGGCACCCUCAGGGCCCUAUAGUGCCAGGAAAACGAGUAUGUUUUCCUGGCACUAUAGUGGUCCUUUGACCAAUUUGAAAUUCACUCUGAUAAAUAACCAUAAUAAGGUAACAACACUCUAAACCCUAAGCCACUUCCUCUAAAUGUAGUGGUUUUGAUGGCUAGAGCCUGCCCCCAACACAGUGAUAUAUGUAAACAUUGUUGUUUGUGAGAAAGGACGUUGAUACAUUUAUCAGUCAGAAUACAUCAAGUGACAGUCAAUCAGCCAAUCAGACCGCCACUAGAGGCACGUCCUAACUAAGGUGAGAGUUCAAAGUGAAUUCAAGGAGAAUUUAAAAUCUGAGGCAACAAUAGCUGAACCUGAUGCUUUGCUAAAUUAAAGAGGUUUUUAAAUUCAGUUAUUUUGGCCUUACAUUUGAAAUUCACUUUAAUAAAUAAGAUAUUUCUGUAUCUUUUUGCCUUAUAAGGGUUUUGUGAGGGAUUCCCUUUCAGGGUUGCUGCUCAAUUGAGUAAGCGCAGACUCUUCCCCUUUUUCUCUAUUUUUACUUUAAUAAAUAACCCUGUUAAACAUUCAAGUCUGGCAGCAGGACUGGCUGCCUAAGGAACAUUGCCCUUUACUGAAUAAAAGGUGAAUAAAGCAAUGUGUUUAUAUAUUUUAGGGGAGUCCAUACUCUUCACUUCAACAUUAAACAUACUUACUUACUGUGCUUCAAAGUUUACAUAGUCUGGUAGAAAUAGUAAAAUUUUGGCAUUGAUUUUAAAAUUAUGGCUGAUCAAGCAAAAAAAAAGAAAAUGUCCUUUAUUGAAUGAUAUUGAUCAUAUGAGGCCAGUUAUUAUCACAUUGUUGUUUGGCUCAUUUUAAAAUCAUAAUGAUAACAGAAACCACCCAAAUGGCCCUGAUUAAAACUUUACAUACCAUUGAAAGAUUGGCCUGUUACAGACACACAUGGUGACACACACAGGUUAAAAUGGCAAAUAAAGGUUCAUUUCUCUUUUUCCCUUUUUAAAUUGCAAUUAGUGUCUGUGUAUAAAUAGUCAAUGAGUUUGUUAGCUCUCACGUGGAUGCACUGAGCAGGCUAGAUACUGAGCCAUAGGGAGCAGAAAAGAACUGUCAAAAGACCUGCGUUACAAGGUAAUGGAACUUUAUAAAGAUGGAAAGGGAUAUAAAAAGAUCUCCAAAGCCUUGAAAAUGGAAGUCAGUACUGCUCAAUCAUUUAAUAAGAAGUGGGAAAUUCAGGGAUCUCUUGAUACAAAGAGUCAGCCAAGGUCAGAUAGAUCAAGAAAGAUUUCAGCCACAACUGUCAGAAGAAUUGUUCAGGAUACAAAAAAAAACUCCAUAUGUAACCUCAGGAGAAAUACAGGCUGCUCUGUAAUAAGAUGGUGGGGUUGUUUCAAGGAGCACAAUACGACGACACUUCAACAAAAAUGAGCUGCAUGGUCAAGCUGACAGAAAGAAGCCUUUACUGCGCCAGUGCCACAAAAAAGCCCGGUUACAAUAUGCCCAACAACACCUUGACCCUCCUCACAGCUUCUGGUACACUGUUUUGGAGGGUGUGAGCUUUAAAGGCACGGGAUGAAAAAUAAAUGGCAAGAUGAAUGCAGCAUGUUAUCAGAAAAUACUUGCAGACAAUUUGCAUUCUUCUGCAUGAAGGCUGCGCAUGGGACGUUCUUGGACUUUCCAGCAUGACAAUGACCCUAAGCACAAGGCCAAGCUGACCCUCCAGUGGUUACAGCAAUAAAAGGUGAAGGUUCUGGAUUGCCCAUCACAGUCUCCUGACCUUAAUCGAGCCACUCUGGGGAGAUCUCAAACAAGAUGACCAAAGACUUUGCAUGACCUCGAGACAUUUUGCCAAGAUGAAUGGGCAGCUAUACCACCUGCAGGAAUUAGGGGCCUCAGACAACUAUUACAAUAGACUGCACGUUGUCCUUGAUGCUAAAGUGGGCAUGAAGGGUAUGCAGGCUAUUAAACAUGGGGUCGUUUUAUUUUUUCUUUGUUGCCAUGUUUUGUGUUAUGAUUGUGCUAUUCUGUUAUAACCUACAGUUGAAUAUGAAUCCCAUAAGAAAUAAAAGAAAUGUGUUUUGCCUGCUCACUCAUGUUUUCGUUAAAAAUGGUCCAUAUAUUACCAAUUCUCCAAGGGUAUGCAAACUUUUGAGCACAACUGUAUAUUGUGCCGAAAUACCUUUUGUCAAUGGAUUGUUAUGUGAUUGCUAUAAUCACUAUACUCCCCAGGGUAUAAUCACUAAGCUCUGCUAAGAGCUUGUUCCUGUUCCUGCUUUCUGGAAUUCGGAGAGAGGUCGACCUGCUGGAAGCUGGACCCUGGUCUUGGGUCCAGAGUGGGUGGAGACGGCGAGACCCCAACCAAGCUGCGGCGGUUCGUGGGGUCUGCAGUGGUUAUGGUGUCGGGCAGAGUGCUUGGAGUCCUCGGUCGGCGGAAGGUACCCGGUCGGGGUGCCAGUGGUUCCGUUACAUAUAUUUAUUUUGAUGUUAUUUUGUUCCUAUAAAAGGAAACCAAUGCAAAGAGAGAAAACACAAAUAUAAAGACAAUCCGUUCAAAAAUGCAUUCAAUAAAAUAAAUAAAAAAUGUACCUGUUGCUUCAAAUUCCAAGCCUCCGAUGUAACCUCUAUGACAUCCUUAUCAACCAGUUAUUAAGAUCUCUCAUCAAACCCUAGACCUUCUUUAAGAUGCCAAUGGAGAGCUCUGCAUUACCCAUAAGCCCCUGCAAGCGUCUCGUUCCCUGGAUGAUAAAAUGCCACACAGGGGUUUAUUGCAAAUGUAUCCAUUAACUCGGAUGAUGCACAGAGUUGAUUCAGUUAUUUCAAGGAACUAAAAGUUAAUGUUUGCUCCCGGAGAUAUUUUGAGCUGGUCAACGGAUGAUUAUUCAGCAAUUUGUUCUGAUGCAAUCUGGUUGGUUUAUUAUUUUAUAUUAAGUGACUACGAUUAAGCACAAUUGGACUGAACAUGGCCAUUUAAAAUAUCUGUCUUGCUUUGCAAUGUACGUAUUCUCCUGUUUAUAAUAUUGUACAGCGCUGCAGAAAAGGUUCCUAGUAUAUACAGUAAAUGAGAAUAUUAACAAUUAUUAUAUUUGUUGUUUUGAAUGUAUCCAGUAGUUAUUUAAAUGUAGAUAAUGUAACAAUGGGCAAUGCUUCUGGUACCAGUAUCAGCAUAUCAACGGCUGUUCUUACUCUAUCAUUGUAUAACCAGCAACGUCAUUGUGUUAAGGGGAUUUACAGCGAUUUACAGCUUUAGCAUUCAUUUUACAUUUUCUUUGAAGAAGUAAGUAGAAGUAUAGAUCAGGGUGUUGCAGUGGAUGUGAUCUACUUGGAUUUUGCCAAGGCAUUUGAUACGGUUCCUCACAAUAGGUUUAUCUUCAAACUAAGAGAAAUUGGUCUAGAUGAAUAUUCCUGUUCUUGGGUAGAACAUUGGCUUAAGGAUAGAGUACAACGAGUUGUAAUUAAUGGUAAAUUUUCAGGCUGGACAAAAGUGGUAAGUGGUGUCCCUCAGGGUUCUGUUUUGGACCGCUUCUAUUUUACAUAUUUAUAAAUGAUCUUGAAAUGGGCAUUGAAAGCCAUGUAUCAGUGUUUGCAGAUGACACAAAACUUUGUAAAGUAAUAAAAUGUGAGCAGGAUAUUGCUUUGCUGCAGAGAGAUUUGGAUAGAUUGGGGGACUGGGCACUAAAAUGGCAGAUUAAAUUUAACAUAGAGAAAUGCAAAGUUAUCCACCUAGGAUGAAAUAUGCACAGGAAAUUAGGGAUAGUAACAUUUCAGAGGUCUGUACAGAUUUUUUUAACAGCUGCUGGGUGAAAAUUUGCAUAAUAUCCCUGCCAUUCAGAGAUAUAAUAUGAUGUGGGCUAACAGCUUCUUGAUCCAUGGAGAGGUCUGACUGUCAUUUUUUUUUUUUUGAUCAACAGCAAAAACAUAUAUAAGGAAGGCUGAACUUGAUGGACCUAAGUCUCUUUUUAUCCUAUGUAACUAUGUAACUAUGUAAAUCGUGAUAGAUCUGAUCGAUGAACUCAGCAAGCAAGUUCUAGGAGGGCCACACAGUGCGAGAAUACAGAAGCAUUCACUUUAUAGCAAACCAAUUAAUAUAGAACAAAUAAAAGAAUAACUAUAACAUAGAAUGAAAACCCCAAGGAAAAAAAAUAAGCAAUGAUAGAUUUCUGUUCAAGUCCCUUUUAGUAUAUUUAUAAACAUGAUCCAUUCAUUCAGUGGAUAUUUUUUUCUUUUAGGUACAGAUAAGGCGUCCAACAUUAAUUCGAACUCCAGAAAGCUCUGACUAGAACGGGUCUGCUUUCCUUAACUACAAGUGACGGCAAUGAAUAUCAGCCAUCAAGCUCUCAGUCUGAAGGAGUAAUACUUGCCGAAGGUCUAUAAUACCCGUCAAUUUCAAUAGGCUGGAUGGACAUCAAAGGCAUAAUGGGAUUGUUCCCUGUAUAAUGUAAACGAUAGAAUUUAAGAAACACAGUGAUUUAAACAUAUUUAAAAAAAUUAAUUAAACUUUUUAAACGUUGGUAACUGUAUUUAUAUUGGUUUAGAAGUAUAAUUAUUUU